AUUCCAACGUUCGAAUCUCUUUGAACCCACGUUCGUUUUCUCCUCCUCUCUCCCUCUCUCUCUACCGAUUCAAGAUUCCUUCCUCCUCUUUCAUCUCUCUCCUUCGAUUUCAAUCCUCUGUCUUCUAUUCUGAUUAUAGAAUCAGACAGGAGAAUCUGAAUCCGUCUGCAGAGACGGACGAAGAAAAAUGGGAGAUAAUGGGAUGAACCCAGCUCUCCAAAAACCACCUGGUUUCAGAGACCCGAACAUGGGUGGUGGUCCGCCGCCGGGAAUCAGACAGCCGGCGAGGAAGCAGGCCCUUCCGACAACAUUCCGACCGAAGAAGAAACGCCGGAACUGCUGCAUGCCAUGCUGCUGCUGUUUCUGCGUCACCCUCCUCCUCCUCAUCUUCGUCCUCGUCGUGGCCUGCGGCGUCUUCUACCUGUGGUUCGACCCGAAACUCCCAACCUUCAGCCUCGCCUCCUGCCGACUCGACCAGUUCAAAGUCUCGGCCGAUCCCGACGGCGCGUCGCUCUCCGCCAACGCCGUGGCGCGCGUCGAGAUCAAGAACCCCAACUUGAAGAUCGCGUUCUACUUGGGCGACACGGACGUGGACGUGACCGUGGGGCAGGGGAACGACGAGACGGGGCUCGGGUCGGCGACCGUGCCAGGGUUCAGACAAGAUCCGAGGAACACGACACGCGUGAAAGUGGCGACGGCGGUGACGAACCAGCUCGUGGAAACCCGCGUGGCGAAGCGUCUCGCCAUGAAAUUCCAGAGCAAGGAUCUCGUCAUCAACGUGGAAGCGAAGAGCAAAGUGGGUCUGGGAAUUGGGAAUAUCAAGAUCGGAAUGCUCGCCGUUAACUUGAAAUGCGGCGGCAUAAGCUUGAACAAGCUCGAUUCCGAAUCCCCCAAAUGCGCUCUCAAUACCCUCAGAUGGAUAAACUUACAUUGAUGAGCAGAAUGGAAUCUUUAGUCUUUCUCUUCUUUGAUUUUUUUAUUACAUUGAUUAUUGAUGUUACACAUGAAAUGUUUUUUUUCCUCGCUGUAACAUGAGAGGUGAAUCUAAUAAAAAAAACU